AGAGUGGAAAGAGUGUUAUGUUGACAUUUUGCUCUACCUUUAGGCGAUUCUUUGCUUACAUAUAACCGAUCAGCUGCUGCUGGAUUACCACUAGCUUGCCAUAGUUACAUCGCACCGAGUGAAAGAAAUGUAAAUAAAAGCGUGUACGCAGGUUUAUACUAGCAUAAAUAAGUUUAAUCAUUUCGCUGACGGGAAUAGGAAGGAAUUGAUAGCUGCGCUGCUUAGGACCAGUGACUACUUCGGAAGAGAUAAAGAGUCGCUAAUUGACAACCCUCGGCAAUAAUCCGUAUGUUAUCAGCCCAUCAUCGGCGGCAUAUCAGUUUGCAUAGUACUUUUCGGACACCAACCUGAAUCUAUCAGAAGGGCACACGAAUACCGAUCGAUUCGAUUCGAUUCGUUGAUCGAAAUUGUGAAGCGGAAACAUCAAUUCCGAACCAACGAAGUGUGACAGCUAGCGGCAAAGUAGCAGUGGCUACUGCGAAAAAUAUCAAUCUUCGAUAAUUAAAAGUAAGCAGCACGAAACGAAGAAGCAAAAAUCGAAAUUGAAUGUGUUUAUGUGAGCAGAAUUUAAAGCAGUUUUUCUAUGAAUCGCCAAAGUGAAGUGAAGUGAUACACCUUCGCAGUUGAAUGGUAAAAGCAAUAUAAUUAAUUAAACUUUAGUUCGGAUCGAAGAGCUCCAUCCUUAUUCCGUAGUUGGUUGUCCCCUUCGAAGAAAAGUGAGGUUCGUAUUCGGUAGUCAGUGAGUGCUGUGAUAUUUUUCCCUCCCCCUGAGCGUUAUUAUAGUUAUUGGAUUCAGUUUUUUUAUACUGUGUGUCGGUAAAAAAAAAAAUAAGUUCCGGUAUUCCGGUGGAUGCACAGCAGUACAAGCGGUGUCGUCCAGCAGAUCGUCAUAUCGGCUCAGUGAGUUGGAAUGUCAUUGAAGAAAGAAACUUUAUCAGAUGUACAGCUGCACUUGGCUGCAUUACGCGGAGACGAAAUGCUUCUGAAACGUGUUCUGGAUAGCGGCAAGGUGCACGUGGAUUGCCGGGAUGAGGACUAUACUACGCCACUAAUUCUGGCUGCUGCGGGAGGACAUACUGCCUGUGUUAUAGAACUGCUGGAACAGGGUGCGGACCCGAAUGCGAGACGAGUGACCGGGACGACGGCACUAUUUUUUGCCGCCCAGGGCGGCUACGUGGACGUCGCUAGGAUACUGCUGAAAUCCGGUGCACCGGUAGACUGCUCCUCGGUGGAUGGUGGUACGCCACUGUUCGUCGCCUGUCAGGGCGGACACGAGAACAUGGUUAGCGAGUUGCUCAGCUACGGGGCCAACGUUCAUGCCUGCAUGAAGGACCGCGCUACCCCUCUUUUCAUAGCUGCCCAAAAUGGACACAACUCGGUUUUGAAGCUUCUUCUAGCUGCGUGUGCCCAUCCGGACACCCCGCGAAACGAUGGCGCAACACCGCUCUGGAUCGCCUCCCAGAUGGGACACGACCACAUCGUCAAGAUGCUGCUUCUGCACGGAGCCUACGUGGAUGCCGUACGCUGUGACGGCGCCACGGCUCUCUUCAAGGCUGCCCACAAGGGUCACAGUUCGGUGGUUCACGAACUGCUCAAAUACCGCCCAAAUCUGGGACUGAUACCGAACGGUGAAUCGGCCCUGCAUGCGGCCGCCCUGUUCGGCCAUCUGCCUGUGGUGAAACAGCUGAUUGGUGCCGGUGCUGACCUUUCGCUGAAGAAUCAGGAUGGUCUUACUCCGCUGCAGAUCUCCCGGCAGCAAAAGUAUCACGCCGUCUACCAGUAUCUGAAGGAUCGCGAGCACUAUCUGCGCCAUCAGAGUGCCUCGGUUGGCAGCGGUAAAAGUCUGGUAUCGGUGAACGCUCCGGGAUCGUCGGUCGUCACUACGGUAGCCAUCACCAGCUAGGUGAAGGAGCCGGUUGCCGACAGGGGUAACCAUCCGAGUUGAGGGCUCGUUGUUGUUUCCAUUCGCUUAUCUGUUUACGAUUGUUACUUACUGCUGUUGCCAUUCAGUCGGUACCGAUAUAUACCUGUGUAGUAUGUGUAUACUGUAGCCAGUCGUCAGCGGCUGAAAUGAAUUCGUUAAAAUGUUAAUAGCUUGUUCGAGUUAGGAUAGUUAGUCUUUCUUGAAUCUUUUCGCGUUAGUAUAGCGAGUAUGGUAGUAGAGAUAAUGCUAUACUCGGUGCAGGAGAUUAGAAUUAGAUUAACAAAUUAGUGGUAGUAAACGUUGAAGGUCUUCCCGAGUUUCGGUAGGCUGCGAUAAGAUGAAGUUAUUUUCCUUACUGCUCGAGGAAAAUGCGAGAUGAGUUUUUGGGAAUGACCAUUGAUUAAGCAGUUAUGUGCCUCUGUACUUGGGCAAAUGAAGUGUUUUGUCGUUAUUUUUACAAGUAUGUAUUUGAACGUCUUACACAAGCUGGAUGAGAAUUUUUCAAUACGACGCGUUAUCAUGUAUAAUUACAAAAAUGGAUGAAUAUUGUAGAAAUUUACGUUCACCUGAAACGUCACUUUUUGGGAAUUUGAAGAAGAAGUUUUAGCUACAAAACACGAAAACAUUGAAUACUUCUUAGCUGAUUUGUGAGAGACUUCAGCUAUACAACGCUGAAUUUUACCAGAUACAAGGUACAUAACCCUUAAAAUAUUCGAGAAUGGGAAUAAUUACGAUCUUAAUCAAAUGUUCUCACAUUUAAUUAUUGAUUUAGUUGAUGAAAAGUUCUAGAUAAGCAAGGAUGAAGCGAAAUAUGCUUGGGUUGAGGUUGGUAUGCACCCGGUUGGGUUCUUAAGUAUUCGAGAUAAUUUGACUUUAGCUGUUUUCAAAGUAGCUUUCAGCCCAUUUGGGGCUUCUAGGAAUGAUUGAUUCCAGGACGCAUGUAUCUUAUGUGUAAUACAUUCGCACUGGCACGUAAUAUUUAAUAUUUAACUAUUGUCAGCAACGUCUAACAAUGUAACAGUCGAAUGCACAAACGUGAGGCCAUAUUGAUCGUCACUUAGGUACUGCUUGCAAUGAGCCUAAAGAGGUUUCAUAAUCACCAGCUCGAAAAAGUGCGAGACAGCAAUCAAUGAAAAAAUUCUGAGGUAAUGUCCCGCUUAUAUUCCUUUCUACUGGUAAUAGAUGGCGCUGAUACGAAGCAAUUAACGGUGAACUGGAAUCGGAGAACAUUUCAGCGCUUAACUUAAUAAAAAUGGGGGUCCCUUUCUCCACUCCGGUACACAGGACCGUUGACUGUGAACGUUGACUGCAGUAGCUGGAUUGUGAUGGGGGAUCGAGGGCUUCCAUAACACAAGCGGCAGUGCAUCCCGGUAUACUUUCAGCACAGUGGCGUAACUAGGGAUGGUUUUUGGGGUCAUAAGCACCCCCCAAACCAAAAUUUGUUGGAUUGAAAAAAAAUUAAUUAUUGGUGACUAAUUUUAUUAAAUAUUACGCCAUCAUAAUUUUGUAAGUCUCACUACACUGAGAACCUAUUGUUUAAGCAUUAUGGGAACUUUUGGAAAAUUGUGGGUAUUGGAUCUUGUAACUGAUCUCUUUGUCGAGGUCCCAUAGUUUUAAAAUUACCAUCAGAUCUUUUUUGAAGGGAGGCUCCGAAAUAUUGAUUAAGGACAAUGCAGUUUGAUGACUAUAAAUUUAAACUUGCUUACCGAAAGAUUGCAUACAAUUCCAUAUUCUUUUAAUAUGCAUUUUUUUGAGAGUAGAGACAAAAACUCAGUGUGAUUAACAACGACUAUAAUAUUUUGGAAAAUAGAAGGAAAAUGAUGACAAAUGAUAUUUUCCGUUUGUCUUUAGCAGGAUCGGUUUUAUAGGUAUUUUUUAUCAAUUAUAUAAACAUAACAAAAAAUUCAAAAAAUGACAAGUUAAUGGCUACUAAUGGUAUAUAUUUGAGUGUUGAAUUAUAUGGUUUAAUAAAUUUUUGGAUGUUUAGUAUCUUUGAAGAAUUUUAUAAUGUAAAGCAGCAGCUCAUCUAAUAAAAUAAUUUUGGCUGUCAAUCCCCCGAGACGUAAUUAUAACAAAAAAUUUCAAACAAAUUUAGUCCGAGAUUUGAUGUCUUCGGCAAGUUUUUCGAAAAUACUAUUUCAAACAAUUUUAUUGAAUGGAGCGGGCACAGAGUAGUUGGCCAGUCGAUUGCAUUGUAUGCACCUUAUCUGGGUUCGAUUCCCAACCCCGUACGUCAGGUUAGAAAUUUUUCUAACCUGAAAAAGAGCCGAAAAACCCUAAGGUUUAUGCCUCUAUAAUCAAAAUAAAAAAAACUUUGUUGAAGACAUUACUAAUUUUGAUGAAGACAUGAAUACUCCGUGUAUUCAGAAUAUCGAAAUAUAUUAGACUAUAUCGUCGCUGUUGUGCUAUCUUAUUACAAACGCCAUUUUGGGAUAAACGGAGUUAGAUGCACUACCUUACUACUCUGGAAAAUCUCUAAAAAAUGGCGUUUUCAGAAUUUUGACAUUCUGCUUGGUUACUGAGUAUAUCGGUAAACGUGUUGCAAAAUUGUGAGAUUUUUGUUUCAAAUGACUGUGUCUUGGGAUUGGCUCAAGUUAUAUUGAUGUUUUGGUUGUUUUUCUGUGUAAAAAUAUCUGAGAAACACAAUAGCAUAAACAUUAUCAAAAUAAAAAUAAACGAAUUGUGAGAAAAAUAUAGUUUUAGUUUUUAACUGGGAAUAUUUGGCAACACUGUAACCAAAAAUUAGUAUUUUUCAAGAUUCUCCGACUAAUUCCCUUCUAAAUGCAUCUAACCGAUUGUUUAUGGUCCAAAUAAUACCAAAUAUAUGAGAAAAAAAAUCAAUAAUUGAUGCUGUAUUUGCAUAGAAAUUUUUUAUGCACGAUUAUGAUACGUCAUACAUAUUUUGUAAUCAAUACACACUUAUGACACGUGUGAGUGCAUUACAUUUUUGGCAAACACUUUAAUAUAUGCAACCGAUCUUCGUUAUAGUUGGGAGAUUAAUACACAAAAGAUAGAAGCGAUAUACUGCAUUCGUGUAGCCUUCAUAUUUUCUACAAAGUUGUUUAAAAUAAUAUUAUCAACAACUUUGCUGAAGACACUAAAUCUCUUUUUAUUUUUGAAGUGUUAUUUCUUCAUAAUUACUUCUAGAAGAUUUAAUCACCAAUAUUGUUACAUUAAAAGAUGUGCUUUUUUAUGUUGGACAGCUUCUUCGAGGUUGUUAAAGCUCCAAAGUUGAUUCUUUCGAAAUUAUGUGAUCUGGACCGUUAGAAAAGCUUUCGAACAUUUAUUUCAUCUUAAAAGUGCACUUUGCAUUUUCAUACUUUGACUUAAUUGACAUAUUAUAAAAGAAACUAUAAAUGACAGACUAAUUUUGUUUCUGAACUUUCAAUUAUUUAUCAAACUUACAUGAAAUUUAAGCAUUUUUGAAAAAUCAGUAAUCUUUAUCAAUACCCCCCCCGCCCCCCUCAAAACCAAAUUUCUGACCAUGCCACUGGAUUAGCAAAAUCUAUCCUGCUUUGUCUGGUCGAAAUUAAAUUCACGAACGAGUUCAACUCGGGACGAAACAAAAUUGAGUUUCAUGAGAUCGGUAUCGUUUUGACCAACAGAAUUGCUUUGGGUAUGUCACUUAUUGUGAGGCAUUUUUGGAUCAUAACAACGAUCAUAUCCACUGUAUGGUUCGGGCCGAGGCGGCUCAGAUAGACCCAGAAUUGAUCCCGUCCCACAGUGUCGCCUAGCCUGUCCGGCUUCUCAAAAUCUCAAACCUCAAAAUUUUUUCUUAGAUUUUUCGUGAUUUAACAUUUUUCUCUGUUUCUUAAUAGGUUGAAUAGAGUCUUCUCAAAAUAUUAAGUCCCUAAGACGAGAGUUCAAUUUUUUACAGAACUUCAAAGGUGAAAUAGAUGAUGAAUUCUGAGGAAAACUUUUUUCAAACCUAAGUUAUUCAAAUUAAUAUAUCUUUUUAGUUAAGAUUCCGAUUGGGGUCAAACUGAUUUUAUUUGAAAGGUUAUUCGCUGGACUUAUAGCUGCCAUUCGAUUUAGUCGAUACAAGCCUUUCUUCUCGCUCAGACAUAAAAAACAAAUAAUAAAUCGAGCAAUAGUUUAAAGUUUUAAUAUUCAAAGUGGCUGUACUUUUUUUGAAACGGUUCGGAAGGAUCGCUUGUUGUUCAUUAUACUUGAAAAUUAGUGUACUUUCCGAAAAUGAAUAUCUUGUUUUGCCCCUUUCUGCCCCGAGGUAUGAAAAAAGGUGAUUUUUCAUGAUACGUCUGAAGGAGACGCAUGGUAGCCUUUGACUACCCAGGGUUCGCAAUAUAAUUUAUAGAUGUUUAGAUCAUUAUCAACAAUUGAAAGAAUGUGUAUUCUGCCAAAAAAUUCACCGCACCUAAUUUUUGAAAAUGAGUUUUUGGAAAUAGUGCACUUUAUAUUCGUAAAUGUUGAAUUUUCGAACCACCCCAAGUGCCAAAAUUUUGAGGAUUUAAAAAACAAAAAAUAAACAUCAUAUAUGAAUCCAGCGUCACUAAAUUACCCUAAUGUGAAGUUUUCAUCAAAUUCGGGCCUUUUUUGAGGUUUUGUCCGACUUUUGUAUGGAAGGUGAUCACUGUGCGUCCAUCAGCAACUAUUCUGAUUUUCCGCUAGAUGGCUCCAGUACCACAGACAGCGACUGCAGUGGCGCGAAUUUUUGCAUUUUAUUCUAACGACUUCGUUUUGGAAUGGGAAGAUCCCCUAAAUGUCGCUUGAUAAACAGCCCCCCUUCCGCUACAGAACCAGAAUUAUCCGGAGAGUGAGUCUCAAUGCGGUUCGAGAGAUUUGAGACGACUGCGUUUAAAUUGGCUACAGCCAAAAAUGUGUCUCCGAUGGGAGCAGCGGAAUUGGAUUGCUGUACCCACUUAUUGAAAAAAGCAUAAUCAUCACACGGCCUGCACAAAUUAUUGUUGAAACAGGACAACAGAUCAAGUGCGCUUCGCUGCAUACCAGAUAUACAAAGUACGGUGGAAAACCGAUCCGCAACGGUAUUGGCAUGCAAUUCUCUCAAUUCCAUUAACGGAAGAGUCGCAUGGCAACUAGAACUCAUAGUUACUUUCUACCUGUCCUAGGUCAGGCUCUUUGAUUUCGUAUCCCUGUGCGCCAAGUGAUCUUCCUUACGUACCGAAAUCUGUAGAAACAUUUUCGAUACAUCUGAAGUAGAGCUUCGAUUUCUCGACGGUUUUCAGCUUCCCGGGAUUCGGGAAAUAAAUAGUAAUUUUCCCGGGAAAUCCUGAGAUCCCGUGAAUACUGAAGAAAAAAAAUGUGAAUGAUUUUCUUGAAAACAAAAGAAUAAAUUGAAAAGUAUUCAAACUCAUUUGGUUUCAUGUUUUCUGUCCUAAAAACAGUUGUCAGAAGAUGUCGAUUUCAUUCAAUCAUUUGAACUCGUCACUCAGUUUACAGUUUAUAAUUCUUUUGAUGAUUUUUCUUGGUUAUUACGAUUACGAUUGGGACAAUAUACUAAACGCAGCUGCUGAAGUUACUGUUCAAAAUAGGAAUUCGUAUCAGAACAUUUCGAUGAAAUAUGAUCAAUUUAAUGCAAAGCACCUUCUUUGGUAAUCUACAAUGAAAAGAUUGGGCUGUUUCAGGGUACUGUGCAGAUAGUUCCGCUCAAAUGAGAAAAUGUAAUACAUGGAAUGCAUUUCCGUCACAGUAGGAUCAGCAUCAUUCCGAAUUAAGUAUUAAUCAAAAUCCAGCAGAUAAUAAAAGAAGUUUGCAGCACUGCGCUCAAGGCUUGAGAUAAUUACGCACCCAACUAGAGACUGGGUGAUCGCAGGUUCGAUUCCUGCUUGAGGACAUAUCUUUUCUCAGUGUUUCUAAUAAAGGUGAGUUUUCACCGUUUCUUCAUUCUCACUGUUCCGGUCAUUAUUUCUCUGUCUGUUUUCUAGUGGACACGUGCUUAUAAUCGUUAUACAGUUGAUGAUCCGUUGCGAGUCGUUUUUCCAACAAAAGCAAUCUACGGUAGGCGAUGUGGCUAGAAUCGCCCAGUUCUGCGUCUUUAUUUUUAAACGUAAGCGCUACAACAUAUCGACCCGAAGAGUCCCGGCUAUAAGUCGAUACAAAAUGAUCUUCGGCUGCUUGUUCUUGAGUGGACCAACUUUUUUUCGGAACCGUAACUUUCAAUACACCCAAACUUGAAAAUUUUUGUCGAGUUGUUCGUUUGUCACUGAAAGUAUCUGUAAGACCGGAUAAGUACCAUUUUCCGAUACAUGACCUCCUGCGGCCCAACCAAAAACUGUGUGUCGGAAGCUAGGAAGCAAUUCCGAAAGUUUCUAUUGAAGUGGGAAUCCGCAAGAUCCAUCCACACUGAAAUAUUCCAAUAUUCCAGGAUUGCAAGGAUAACUAAGCAAAUGACUCAAAAUACGACGACUUAGAAUGAACAUGAGCUACAAUUGCUUUGGGUUUCCUUUUCCCUGCACCUCCAAAUCCAACAAAUGACAUGUGCGAGGGUAAGGCCUUUAGACGCGACCUUUUUGCGCAAGCAGUCGUCAUGAAGGUCGACAAGCACAUGAAUCGAGAACAGCACGGCAUUCAUGGAAUUCACCACUGGCACUACGAAUGCACAUAGUAGCAGUAUGCAACAAGGCUUGCUCGGUGGAUGCAAUCAAUUGUACCUUUUUUGACGGUGAACUUUUGUAAGUUUGGCUCGGAAAACGAAAUGCCACUGGUCCGGGUGUAUCCAUCGAGGCUAGAGUCGUUUUUUCACAUGACGUGACUGACUAUAGCAUAGUACACAGCUGCACACGAUUCGAUUAGGUGCUUGGGCCACCACUUGAACUGGGGUUGUUUUUCGCUUCACUAGGAAUGUUUGCCUUUGGGUCGAAUUGGAGUAAAGUGUUGUGACGGUGAUUACAUUCCUUACACGAGCUACUUUUACAAUCUACGACCACAUUACGAUUGCUAAAAUAAUUACACGCAGCUUUAGCUCUUUCACUCGUUGAAACCGCAGUGCUGGCGUCUUUGACAGAAAGCUGCGGACUCGAUGAUGUAAUGGACACCCGCGCAAUCGAAAUAUACAAAUCUUUUCUUGCUAUCAGCGUCACGAGAAAAACUCACUAAAACUUUCGGGGUAAUUUCAACGAAGACAACGCACGAAGAUUUUUCUGCACUACAUUCACCAAUUCACGGACAUUGAUUCGCUGAAAAGACACGAUCGCAAAUAAUGUAAACGUUGUUGAUCGUUUAAAGAGUCAUUUCGGCGAACAAGAAGAUUUAACUCACUGCGAAAAUGGCCGCUAAAUUUCGGAGUGAAAUAUCUGGAAGCUUUAUGUAUGAAUCCGUUCAGGCCUUUUGGGCAAAUCUUGUGUCGAGGGUGGCCUUGGGUUCCUGCGGAUGUGAUUGGAGCUUCAAUUUCUUCCCGAUCUGGUAACGGAUUUCACUCAAAAGAUCAUAAAACUCCAAACACUUUCCAUCUUAAGCGACGACACUUCAUCGUCUUUGAUCAAUCCGAAGAGCUUGCUUUCCAUUUCAAAAAAGGUCAUACGCAUUUCUUCUAACGCUUGUCCCCGAGUUUCGAGAAUCAAAAAAUCGCCAUCAUCUUUAAACGUGGUUAUAAAGAUCAAAAGUUUCGCAGCACGCUGUUGGACUGCACUCAACGUUCUUUGUAAAAACAAAAUGGCGGCCAUCUCAAAUCACUUCCUUUUUUCUCAAAGCGUAAAAAUAAUGACUGAAGAUGCUUUCGUCGGCAAUUACUAUCACUCAAGAUACACGAUUUUGGUCAACUGUCAAGAGCCGAAAUUACGAUAAUCUAAUAUGAUUUUUUUGGGAUUAUUUCUCCAGAAAAUAAAAGAAGUGCUUUUCCUGCUCCAUCGAACGGAGUACCUUCUUGGAACUGUAACAAGGUGAUCAUGAUCUUUGAUAGGUAAAUAUAAAACCAUCAGUUUUGUAGGGAGAAUAAUUACAGCACAGCCUCUUUUUUGGUCACCCUCACCACUACUGUCAUAAUAAUUAGCAUAUAAGUGAUGCAUAGCUGCCAUCAUCCGACGAACGUUACGGUGAUAUGCGCACUACAAUGGUUAGCGCGAGCUGUCAGAUAAAUUUGUGUAUUUAAAGAACAUUCAUUACAUUUACAUGCAGUAUUAUCAUUUCUUCGCGAAACGACUAUUGUUUGAAUGUUUAGUUACAUAGAAUACAGUUGUCGCCGAAAAAGAAUUCUUGGUUCCGUGUAUUACGCGUAGGUUGAAUAUAACAUACAACGUGGGGUCUAGCCACCAGAUGAAUCAUUGUUUCUUUCGUUAACCCGUCGCCGAACAGGUGCCAAUAACCGAGUUUUUCUGCUUUCAUUAAGUUUUUCGUUUGCGUUUCUAACGUUCAAAAAGCCCUUAUUGGAGAGCAGUACAACGUUUUGAGUACAUAUGGAUCACUAAAAUCUGAAACGUUGCUUCGUAAGAAACCUAGAGUCGCAAAAGCUUUGGUAGCUAUUGUGGAAAUAUGGUCGCUGAAUUUCAGUUUGCAGUCAAAUAAAACGCCUAGUUCUUUAAUUGAGAACACCCUUUCUAGGCUACAUCCAUCUACUUUAUAGUCGAACCGAAAAAUUAAGUGGCAUCGACUAAAGCUAAUCACUUUGCACUUGUUUAUGUUUAAGUCCCUUCCGUUGAGUUUAUACCAAUCUUAUACUAAGUCGAUGUCAGCUUGAAGAACUACAUAGUCUAGAGGAGAUUUUAUUUUUUAGGAAAAUCUUCAUGCGUCCGUUUAUGUUUUGAAGGUCGCAGUUUUGGUGCAUACCACCAGCCAGCAUGGACUCGCACAUAGUUAUUUCCUGUUCUGACGAGGCGUUCAUUGGGAUAAGACUGAUAAGGUACAGUGUCCAACGAAGAUGAUGCAGGUUAUAGUCGCCCAAAACAAUGACGGUGUCAAUAUCAUUGGCCAUGUCCAAUAUUUUCUGAACGGCAUCAGAAUGAGCAGCGUACAAUGCAGGAUCACUAUUCGGUCUCAGAUAGACGCAGCAAAUAAAUAUCGAUUGCGAAGCUAGAAUCACUUGAACAACGAUUUGUUCGAGGUGCUCAUAGCUGGGUAGUGUUGACAGAAGACUGGUUUUAAUUCCAAUCAGUACACCUCCACCACGUUGAAGCUGACUGGAGUUCUGGUUUCGGUCGCAGCGAUAUAUUGUGUAGUCCGAUGAGAGCUCUACAUUACACACAUCGCCUCGCAACCAGGUCUCGGUGAGAGCAAUGAUAUCGUAAUCGUUUGAGGAUGUUGCCAGGUUAAAUUUAUUCGUCUUCGUCCGCAUCCCUCUUACCUUUUGAUAGUACACUGAAAGUACUUUUUUUUGCAUAGACGAUGUCGAUGGGCGGUGUGACAAAGUGCAGGCAGUACUGUUGGUUGUAGGACCGACGGCCGAAUGAGUUCUGUCCAAUCUUUCAGGCGGCAGGCUGGAACGUGCAAAAGCCGACGAAGUGCAUGCUGCUGAGAAGCUCACUUGGGAGUUGGACAUCUCAGCUACCAGAUCACCAGUAGAAACCACGGUUACGGGACGAAUUAGCGGAGACGGAAUGGUUGGUUCGACUGUGGCGAUGCAGUAGGCAUCCGAGUAGCGUUGUGCAGAGCUUUUCUGAUGUGUGUUCCAGUUGUGUGCCCGUCCAAAGCAGUGUAGUUAACAUUGCCGCUGUGUAUGGCGUGAGCGAUCUCUCUGAAAGCACGAUGAUUUUCAGGCAGAGAAUAGUUAGAAAAUUCCUUCGGGCCAUGUCUCACAGCAAAGAGUUGUGCUUUUUAGAUCCAUACUUAAUCCCACUUUGAAGGAUACAAAAUUGAGCGAAGAAACAUCGACGUUUUUUUGGCAUGAGUUUCACUAUCUUAGUCGAAGUAUCUGCUCCCAGACACUCACGAGCCAAAGCCUCGACUUGUUCGAUAGAAGUUGUUGGAUCGAAGGCAGACAUAUACAGCCAAAACAGAUUAUCGUAGUUACGAGCCGUAAUAAACGGCGCGGAGCCAGUUAUAAGUUUGGUACCCUGGUUGCAUGGCGUGCCUAUCGAAUUUCCGUCUUCGCCACGGCAUCGUUUUGGAGUGUUUGAUUUAGCUCGAUCUUGAUUGAUUGGUGGCCAAAUUUUGCGAGGAGUUGCUAUGGAUGUUGAAAUCGGUUAGGCUUUCACCUUGGUUGUAAGUUUGGCGAUCGCGGAGCUCAACUUUGAAGUAUCCUCUUUUAUAGCGAAUAUUGCAUCGGGAACAGCCACUGCUUCCUGGUUUGAGCAUCUGGUAAUGUUGCGAAAAGAGUUCCGCACACUAAUCGCACAUCCAGAAGACGUUUUUCGUGUUUUGGUAAAGCUGCUCCAGUAGAGGAGAAUCGACUCCCACACAAACCGUAUGAAAAAUGCACCACAGUAGCUCCGGCAGAAAAUGCGAUCCGAAUCCGAAACCACUUUAAGGCACUUCUUACAAACCAUAGCACAGCGGGAUAGUAAGCAAAUGGUAUAUCACAGACGGAAUAGCGCUGACAGCAACACAGCGGAAAAUAUAAUUUGUACGGUCGCUCGUAAAGUGCAAAUAGCGUAUGUUAAUAAUCUUUCGUCGUUACACUAACUGGCAGCAGAAAGCACAUCAGUCGAAUGAAGAAAUUAACUGCACAAAUUGUCUGUACUCCAGAGUCCUUCGUGAUGCAGUUAUGUUCCGAUGACAAAAAUUCACAAUACACACUCGAAGAAUCAGCCAAGCGCUAGAAAUACAACAACUAUACCUCCAACGGUGCGUUUAGUCGUUCCGUAAUCAUCGUGAAGACAUCCCCAUGGCUUACCGUGUGAGUUGAAGUCUUCUUAAACCAGCUGAUGUGCUAUGUAUAGGAAAAACAAUGUCAACAAGUCUGCCUUUUAUUCGGACUUGACAAGCGACGACUUCAAUAUCUGGUACCGAGGAUUAACUAUUGAAAUAAUAGCACAUGUUGAUCGACAAAAACGCUCCUCCAUAGUGUUUUCUUAACCCUGGCGAAAAUUGUGGGACUGAAAUAUAGGGACACUUGGGGUUCAUGAUGUACUAUGUGGAAAUUCCUGCUAGUUUCUAAGAUUUCUGAGAUGGGGAGUAACUUACUUAUGUGUAAUAGCACCGAUCAAGGGACACUCUAGGGCCUUUACGAGGAAGCUAAGGGGAGGAAAUGAUUGUCCUCUUUCGAAAAUGUAUAGGCACAUUAAAAGAUGUUCCCUCAAUGGGAUAGUCAGACUCUUGCUGUUUAGUGAAUAAGGGAGCGUAGAAAUUAGUCGGGCCGGGAACGUAGCCCCUUCUUCUCGGAGAGUUCCUUAAAUGAAUGGUUCAGUUUUUUCCAGCAUAAUUUGCACGCGAAAUAUAUUUUUCACACCUUAUUUCUACAAUGGGUAGCUGUAUGGCUCAAUUGUGUGCAAUGACGGCAUGUUCCGCUGCAUAAACAGGCAAUUAGAUAGACAAUCCUCGUUUAAAAGAACAAAGUUUGGAAGAGCAGAUCCGGUGAAAUGCUCGAAAUGAGACCGAUUGAAAAUAAGUUGUUUUCUUAUAAUGCUCGAUUUUUGCUGAGCGCAAUUGCCCGAAAAACGAAAUUUUCACUGACUGAAGCAAAUGGUUUUGGAAGGAGCCAACCCCCAUAUUUUGCAAUUGAGGCCCCCGUCGGAGACUACACCAUCAAUCUGUACUUCCCAGGCGGGUACGUAGACAAGACUUCUUCGUAAACUGCCAAGUGUUGUUUAGUUAGAAUCCGCAUAUAUCGAUGAUGUUAAAGGGCUUAUAUUUGAUCCAGGAGAAGACCAUCCAGGGGAUGGUUGUAUUAGAUGGAUAUAAUUUGUAUCAAAAAAGAGGCUUAUCGGCACUAUUUUUGCCAUCGGAGAAUUAUCGAAAUCGACUUCCAUUGAAUCUGAGAGGAUGUCGGUCGUUGGAGAUACCUUUCCGUUAGCUAACACUAUCAUGCGGUUUUCUGUACUCGCGAAAGGUUUUAUCGGUGGAACGGUAAAUUAAUGUAACGAAACUUAAAAGAAUGAAAUAAUUCGUACUUAGCUGUGGAACAUUUGAAAUAUCAGUAGCCAACAAACUCAUUUUCGUUGAGCCGUCGGUCAUACAUCCCGUUAGCGUAGGGUGUUUCCAAAUAGCAGCCAUAAUGUCCGGGAAUUUUCUUUUUCACUUAAACACGCAAGGUCUGAACUUUCGUCACCUCGGGUAGAAAUCAGAUGCUCACGAACGGUUUUCAUUGGGGUUUACUGAAGUACAAUGUAAGACGAUAUCUCUAAAAAUAGUCCCGUUUUUUACCUAACUCAGAUUUUACACGAAUUAACUAUUUCGGGGGAAAAAAUUGCGCGAAAAAGUUUUGCGUUUAUGCUCAAGCGAUGCCUACUUCGAUUCAGCAGCCUCCAGUGCCGGGAUGUCUGGAACUCCGGCCACCUCUGUAUAUUUACAAAUUGGCAUAACUUUGACAUUACAUGAGAUAUCUUAAUACUAUUGUGGUGAAAUUCGACAUUUUUGAUGGUUUAAACACCUUUUCUCGCAAUUAUGAUAUUUAAAAUGUUUUGUUUGUUUGUAUCGAUUAGUAAAUUAUGUACAAUUUAAAACGCGCGUAUAAAUGAAAAGAGGUAUUUAUAUGCUAAUUUACUAGUUUCCCUGGCAUUUUAUCAAUCAUUAUUUGUUCGUAAAUUAGUUAUUUGAAAGGCGUUUCGAGUUUCGCUCUUUAAAAUCCGACACUAACUUCGUGACAGGACUAAACUAGCGUCCGAUUGACGCCAACUCCAAAACCGAAAACAGUUUUGGUGUUUCUGAGCAAACCUCUAGACCUGCGUGAUGCCCACUAAGUUAGUGUCGGAUUCUGAUGAGAGGAACACGAAACGUUUUUUCCAAUAACUGGUUUAGUUAUAGAUUCUGUGUCCUUUACGCGUUUAGAACAAUUUUCUCCUUAGUGGAGGAAAAAAACUAGUUUUUACCUAAGUUUUCUCCACUAAAGAGAUAAUUGUUCGUAUUUUAUGUUUACCACAAGCUUUGACAAACAUUCUUGAUAAUCCGCCUUUUUUGAAAUCUGUCCAAAAUUUAUAGAUGAAUCUCACAUAAAACCGAACCGUUAAGAAUGUAAGUAAUAGAUUAGAGAUAAAAUUUUAAAAAAGCCGAACCCAAAAAUUUUAGAUUUGAAGAACCUGAACCCGACCGAAAACCGGAACUAAAGGCUCCUAAAACCCGUUAGUGACUAAAGGAUGUGAUAUAUUAUGCAGUCUGGUGUCGCCAGUGACUUUUUUAGCAUUCAAAUUUAUCAAUUUGAAAUUUAAUUGCAUUAUCAAUCAUAAAUAGAAUGAUAAUUACCAUGGAUUUUACUACUACUACUACUACUACUACUACUAUGUCAUUCAUCACCCUGGUGUAUACCAACCUAUGUCUCGAAAUAUUUAUUUCGAUUUAUCGAUGCUGCUUUAGGCCACAAGCACAUACAAGCAUAAGCAAUUAUAACAAAAUUAGCUUUAAACAUGCACAUUAACAAUGAUAAACUAUCGGGACUCAAAUACACUGUAAACAUAAUUAUUAUAUACGUAAACUUUCAUGGUCAUUUCGACGCCAACUUAUUUCUAACUCGGUGCGCUUUGCACAAAAAGUUUUUAAUCAAUAUCGAUUAUUCUUAAAAGGUAGAACUAAAGCUCUUUUUAUCUUCCUCUUCAUACAUUUCGUAACUAAGAAAUUUUACCUUUUUUUAUCGAAAUAAAAGAAAUUGAAACUAAUUUUAUACGAAUCACAAGCGUUACUACAUUUAUAGAUACAUAUGUGUAAAUGGUUUUCCACUGUUAUUACUAGCGAAGUAUUAUGGCAGCACGCCAAUCCACUGAAUCGUACUAAGUCCAAAACAAUAAAAGCAGAUAUUAAACAAGUUAAAGAUAGCCGCUAGAAGGCAAAUAUAAAACAGUUAAAUACAAAUUAAGCUCAUUGUUAUAAACUCUCACGCAAUAAAGCGCUCACGCCAAUGCUACAAUACAAUAGUUAAAGCAAUACACAUUCAUACCUACUAUAACGAUAAUAAACAAAAUACACAAUCGAUGCAAUAAAAAUAAAAAUAAACCGAAACAAA